CAACAAUAUGUAGGAGUUCUAAAAAUGGCGUCAUCCUCGCAAUAUUUAUUCAUAGCUUUGCUAAUAUUUUUAAAUUUUAAAGCUAUGGCACAGAAAAUUGAACCGUCUUAUCAACAGAGAGCCAUACUGCAGCAUAGAACUGAUGCUUUAACUAUUCUUAUGUUACUAGGGCUAUUGUUAUUUACUAUAUUGACUGUCUGGUUGUUCAAACACAGACGGGUUCGUUUUGUUCAUGAAACUGGCUUGUCAAUGAUUUAUGGUGAGUUGAGUUGAAAAUACACUAUUUACGAAAUGCGAUGCGUAACAUCUACCACCAUGAUUAGAUUAAGAAAUCAAAAUGUCGUUGAAAAAUAUGAUUUUGACUUGAAUUUUCACUAACAUUUAUUAACUUAUUAAAUUAGUAUUGUAUGAAUUCUAUUAAUUUCUAUCAUCACUCACUAGUCACUAGUCACUCACACUGAUUCAGCAUCUCAGAUUAUCUGUGAGUAGUGGGAGUGUGAUUAAUGUGACUGAAACGUUUAUCAGUUCAGUUUGUAUGAGUGUCACAAUCACAAUGAAAAAAUGAAUGAUAAUCAUAUGAAAUUUUUAUAAUCAUACUCAUGACAGUAAAAAAUAAUAUUUAUUAUAGCAACUUCAGACAGUAGGCUAUCUUUAUUAUUAUAGGCUACAAUGAGGCUAAGCCAGAAGGUUUUUUUUAAUCUAAAAAGUGACAUAGUCUUAUUUAUAGUCAUAAUAAUAAUUAUAGUCAUUUGUUAGAUACACCAGAUCAAGUUUUAAAAUUCAAAUACACUGACAUGUCAUGCACAACUAGCAAGUAACACAUAUCGGAUCGAUAGAAAAAGUUGGCUUUCAGUUCAGCUUUCCAAAGACACUGAGAUCAUAUUUUUAUAACUUCUAAAAGAAAAGUUAUGAAUUUUUUAGUAAUUGAAAUUGAUUUUUAAAAAUUGUUUUUACUACUCCAGACUUUGUAUAUAAUAUGUUAAAGCCAAAGGCUGUGAUCGAAUAAUUACACUUUUUCAACUAAUUUGUUUGUAGCAUUUUCCUUUUUAAAGAUAUAAUAAGCAAACUUUGAUGACAAAUUUAAAAAACAUUAUUGAACAAACAAAAAAACACUAACACAUGAAAAUUAUUAUUAUAUUAUUCUUUUAUUUCAUUUAUAAAAUAUACUUUUAUUUGGAUCUGUUGGGAAUGACAGUUGCUUAAUUUUAAUUUUAAGUGAUAUAUUUAUUAAAACUAAUGAAGCUAUUGCUAUGAAAUUUUCAGUAGAAACAAAUAAUGUCUAACUGAAUACAUAUCAAUUUAUGGCAAUUGUCUUUUUAUUGUGCCACCUAUUUCCGCACUGCCGCCAUCUUUGUUGCCAUGACAGCAGAUUUGUAAAAAAAAAAAAAGUAGUCAAAAACACGUCUGAUAAAAGUGGGGGGAAGAGGGAGAAUGUGUUGUUUUAGCUACUUACAGAGAGAAAUGAAAAUUAGGGAACAAAACAUUAAAAUUUAAUAAAAUAAUUUUUUGAGAAAUAUCUUCAAUCCUAAAAUCUACUACUCCACCUAACCUAAAUGUUAGUCAGUAUCUCUAACUCAAGCAUAAAUUCCCUCUAAGUAAAGUCCGUCCAACUUGUGUGUAAAUUUAAUGCUAAAUAUAAUAUUCCCUAUCUUAAGCUAAAUUUAGUCCCCUCUAACUUAAAUUUAGAUCUUCAAACCUAAAAUCUAUGACCUUACUCCUAAGAUGAACCCUAAAACCACAUGCACAUGUGCUACAGUUGCACACUGUACUAUACUGAGAAAAUAUUAAAUUUGAAUAGAUUAGAUAUUCAAAAUAAUGAAAACCCAACUUACAGUUUCAUCAAAUACACCUUUACAUACUUUAUUGCAGGUUGCACUAAAAAUAAAAUUGAAAUCUUAUAAGAAAAAUCAAUACACAUUCCAUGAUGCUGGAAAAUUUUAGCCUCAUUUUAAAUGUUUUAAUUAAUCAUCGAAUUAAAUAUUGAAAAUAGCUUGUUUUAAGUCCCAUUUUUGUCAACUAUUUUGUCUUUUUUUUUACACUGGUCAAAAGCAAUUUCAUUAAAAAUGGACUCAGAUGAUGAAUUUCUUAGCAAUUUAGAUGUAUUUUGGCAUAAUUCUUCGGUUCAUUACGCUUACUGUCAACUUAUAAUCAUAAUUUUCAGCGUACUGGAGGGAAAUUUCAUGAGGAUAUACGUUUUUUUUUAUACUCUAUGCAUGGUGGAUAUAUAGUGUUUAUUGGAAGUUUCAAGCUAGACUAAAAUAACAAAUACAAAAAGAAUAUAAUACAGUCUACAAGUCUCACUGAUUUUGGCUCUAAAUAAUGUAUACUUAUAUAAGGAAGAAGAUCACACCGGCUUUUAGUUUUAGAAAGCUUAACAUGUAAAAUUAAGCCAUGCCGUUAUGAUAAAUAAGAAUAAUGAUUAACACUAGUGAUUGAUUGAUGGAAAAAUUAAUUAUAUUUUAUUGUUAAAUAGCAAUUAAAAGAACACUUACGAACAUUGCAGAUCUUGUUAAGAAUUGCACAAACAGAUUUGUAAUUAUGGUUUACUCCUCAGUUGAAUUUAUAGCACCACCAGUUUUGAAUGUGUGUCUUGUGCAAGAAUAUUUCUUUUCUAAUUCAGUGAAUUCCUCUAACGCACAUAAGCCUGUACAGCCAUACAACUCGUACAACAGGUAAACCAUACGGUUUCGCAUGUAUAUUCUAUACUAAUGAACUCUGAAUAUGUUUUCACAGGCCUCAUUGUUGGUGCCAUCAUACGUUACACAAGUGAUCCCAAGCACAUACCCAGUGUUGAAGCAGCCCUGAACGCCAAUGAAUCCUACACAUCAUUAAAUCCACCAGAAUACAUUUCUAUUUAUCUCAAUCGAUCCAAUAGCUCUAAUGCCCCGUCAGACAGAAUCAUCUACGCAUUUAAGGGGGCGGUCGCAGCUUUAGAAGAACCUCCUCUAGAGCGAGCAGUAAGUGAGAACAUUAAGUCAAAACAUAUUGAUGUGAACUAUGAAAAUGUCGCAGUCAGUAAUUACUCACAGUAAUACUUUUAAAGAAUAUUUGAUUUAAGGUUGUCUUUAAAAAUUUGUAUUAUUUUAAUAUUUGUUGAACUGCAAAAGUAUGAUUACGAGGUGUUACAUGUAACUGUAAUUAAAAAACUAGUGUACUUUUUUAGAGCUUGAUUCAUUUUUUUUUUCUUAAAAAAAACAAACUAUUCAAUAUAACAUUUAAGAGGGCAAAACCAAUAUUUUAAAAAUUAAUUAUUAAGUCAUAGUUAUUUCUCAGAUGUUAAGAAAAACUUGAUAAAUUUUUUUUUCUCCCUCCAGGUGACAUUCUCCCCUGAGUUGUUUUUCAAUGUUCUGCUUCCAGUUAUUAUUUUCAAUGCUGGAUAUAGUAUGAAAAGGGUAAGAAUGUACUGUCAUUGUAAUUCUCCAUCAAAUUGUUGUCACCUGUAAUAGUAAGAAUAAGUUCAUUGUUUGAACUGUAAUUUUUAAACAAAUGGUUGUUACCUUUAAAAGUAAAGUCUAUGCAUGAAAUUAAAAGGGUAAAAAAAAAUAUUUUUUGGUCAAAUUGAAAAACUUAAUAUUAUCAAAAAGCUUUUUACUAAUGCAAUCAGUUAAUUAAGUUGGGGAAGUUGACAUUUCAGACCAUUAAUUCAGUUAUUUGUGGGGAGUUGACUCAUCAACCCAGUAAUGUAGUUAUUCUCAGAGGGCAAACAAUGAGUAAGCAAACCCUCAACCACAAAAGUCAGAAAACAAAAGCAAAUGUGGAAAGUUUUUAAAAUUUUGCUGUCUAGGUGUGACACACAUACAAAUAAAGAUACCUCUGUUUCAAUUGACGACUAACUCAUAUAAUCAACCUGUAUAGUUUACCCGCGGAAGCGGAGCGUCUCCGAGGAAACUUGGGGGCGUCCACAUGGGGUUUUGCCUCUUCGUGACAUGGCGGACUAGUAGGGAGGUUCCUCCCGAAGCUAAAAAACCCCAGCCACUGCAUGACUCCCAACGCAACGGGAGGACCGCAAUAACAUGAUUACUUGUAGCCGUUAAUGGACAUGAAUCUGGGUGGCGGUCAAAACCCUUGCAGAUGAAUUUAGCUACGGGGCCCUGAGAAAGCCGCUCCUAUUCAACAGUUUUGUCCCCACCUACGUCCCGACUGGACAACUCCCUGGAUGGUGGGGGGAGAUAACGCAACACCUUCCCCUCGGAGAGAAAGCAAAGCCGUUCAGACCCAAGGAGAGUGGAACGCGAACGCUUUAAAUGCAGCGUUUUCAGUCGACUGGACGUACCCCAGGUUAGGGGGGAGGUUUCCGACGUGCUUCCGCACAGUCUGGCAGCGGGGAGAUCCGGUGUCGGCCGGUGUGGGGGUGGGGCGGGGGGUUAUUAUGAGCUCACGCUCGACGACCCACCGACGUCAUCUCCAAUGUGACGUUAUUAGUAUACCCAUACUUUGAUCGGGUGUUGAACAUUUUUCGAGUUGUAUGGCAGAAGGGGAAAUUAUUCAUAAAAAUUGGGCCCGUCAAGAAGGCAAAGGUUUGCAUGUAUAAAAAACAUUGAAAAUUAAAUGUUGAAAAAUUUUACUUUGUUUUGAAUUUUAUUUUUUUAUCUUGUAUGGUUUUCUUAAUAUUUUUUUAACAGUUUUUCAUCCCAUCAGUUUGGCAUGUUUGCUAACUAAAAACAAUAGUUACUUACACAUACUCAAUUUUAGCUUAAUUUUACUCAUGAUUUUUACAUAAUUCAAUGCAAUUGAAGAAAACUUUGUUCUAGAGCGUUCCAUAUUCUUUAAAUGUAUAAUUUAUUUUUCUUAUUCAACUGUUGAUCCUUUAUAUCUUUAAAAAUUUUUUAGAAACAUUUCUUCAAAAAUUUGGGAGCUAUCCUCAUGUAUGCCUUAAUUGGUACAACAAUCUCUGCUCUAGUGGUUGGGUAAGUUACAGUGCAUAAUGUAAAGUGGAAAGAAAAUUUUGUGAAGUUGAUCAGUUAGUUACCUGAAGUGUUUGCAAACAAAAAAAAAUAAACAUAUUUUUAUUUUUCCAGACAACCUAAAUCCUAUUUUUUUUUAAAUUAAUUUUUUUUAUAUACAUUUGUGUACAAUGCUAUGAACUGCAUGCCACCUGUCCUUUCCUUUUCCAGAGGAAUAAUGUAUGGACUCACACGACUGAUGAAAGAAAUUAAUAUCACACUUAAUGAAUGUUUUGUUUUUGGGGCCUACCUGUCAGCCACAGAUCCAGGUAGGUUUAGUUUUACAAGCUGAAUCUGUUAGAAGAAACCUGGUAAGUCUUUUUCUCCCAUUUAAAAGGGUAAGAUAAAAUAUACUUACAGGCAUUAUUGCAUUCUGCCACCCCCCUAAAUAGAUGAAGAGCUUUUGAUUAAAUCACUUUCAACCAAAGAGAGGCUGUGUGUUUAAUUUUUUUUGGUCUUUUGUUUGUUAACAGGGACAGCAGAAAGCCAACAUUUUAAUUCUCUAGUUCUGCAGAUUUUAACUCUAAUUUAACAAAAGAGUUUCAUUUUCUUUAAAAAGUCCAAGCUUAUACUUUCAAACUUUGCUGGUCCCAGAGCUGUUUUUAGUGGAUCUGCCAAAAAAUAAAAGCAUCCAUUUCAAUUAAUAAUACAUUUAAAAUCUUUAGUUAGCUGAUCGGCUGUGGGGUCAACCUGAAAAAAAAUUGCAUUGGGUGAAAAGAGAAUCUCCAGAUUCUUCAAGCUUAAGAACUAAUAGAUCAAUUUGUUUAUUCAGCAUGUUGAAGUGAAUGCACGUGAUCCACAAAUUUAAUAAAAUUAAUCACUAUGGACAUACGUUCUCUUCAUUUAUCACCAUGCACCGAAUUUUCCUUGAUUCACAGUGACAGUCUUAGCUUUAUUCAAUGACCUCCAUGUAGAUGUAGACUUGUACGCCCUGGUCUUUGGAGAAAGUGUCCUCAAUGAUGCAGUGGCCAUUGUUUUAUCGGAGUAAGCUUAAUUACUAUAUUACUGCAGGAUAUACAUUUUAAUAGCCUACAUUAACAUUUAAUUACUUUAUUACUGCAUGCAAUACAUUUUAUAGACUCAUUAACAUUCAAAUACUGUAUCACUGCAUGCAAUACAUUUAAUAGCCCCAUUAACUCUUUCCCUCCGGAAUUAUUUUCCACGUUCUGACGGAAUAAUCUAUUUCGGGUUUUUGUUACGCACUACUAUGUUUUCUCUAAACCUUCAUAACUUUUUUGUUUUUAAUCAGAAAAUGUUAAUAUUGGUAUGGAAUUAAAGGGAAAUGCAUGCUCUUUGCAAACAAACAAGAUUUGGGUUUAAAUUUUAAUAAAUAAAUGUGAUUGUGAUUUAAGGAAAAUAAAAAUUUAUUUAAAAAAACUCACCAAAUGUUCACAAAACGCUCCUUUGAAGUCACACAAAGAGAAAUAUAUAAUCCAAAGUGUAAUAAAAAUGUUUUUUUUUUCUGAACUAUAUCCAUAUGUGCAUCACAAAUAAUAAAGAUCAACUUUCAAAAAAGAAAAAAUUAAACCUCAGAGCACAUUAUUCAUUGUCACCACCACACAAAAAAUUAGAAACAAAAUUUAACUAAUUCCACUGGAAACAAUCUGUUGAUAUUUAAAAAAUAAUUGCACUGUAUCCUUGUAUGUACUAAAAUUUAUAAUAGUAAAUGGAGAAUUUACCAUACAUUAGUCACAUAUUUCCAUCUGAGUUUAGCAAUAGUAAGCCUAAAAAACAAUCCAUAUGGAUGUGCCCUUUAGCUGGGGGGCGGGGCUGGUUGUUCAUCAGCUGAUGAAUUACCAAUUUCAUUAUUUUGUCACUAGUACUACUAAUACUAGUACUAGGAUUAUAAUCAUACGAUUCAACAGAAUCAGCCUCUGCAUUUGAAAUCAUAAAAUCACUGUCUGAAUCAUCAUAAGAGUAAUAUUUCCCACCUUUAUUACAUUGAUCGCCAGAUGGGUCAGGUCAAGAUUUCAUGUUUGUAAACAAAAAUAAAAUGGACAAUCAAAACAACCGCUUCAAACAAUUCGUUCUUCGCUCAAUCACAGAAAAACCGGAUGUUUAUGAAAGGGAAAUCAUUCUAGAAUUGAUUUAAAAUAACUAAAUACCAAUAGCUAAGAAAAGAACCGAAAUAAACAGGUUUUUAUACAUCGACGAUCCCAUCGUCGAUACGCCGAACUCUUCAUUUCAAAUCGACGAUGGGAGCGUUGAUCAGGAGGGAAAGAGUUAACAUUCAAAUACCAAUUCUAACCAUUAAAUCUUUUUGUAAAGGAAGAAUUAAAAUUAUUUUCUUUAAAAUCUCCUCUCACAAGUGUGAUCAUUUUUCAAGUAAGACUAAUGUACUUAAUGAAGCAUUUUGUAUUCGUUUCUAGAUUUUGCUAAAAUCUUAAAACUCUUAACUGGACUAUUACCAUUUUUUGUAUGCAUUGAAAGAGACUGUUUCGUUUGUAGUUAUUCAUUUUAAUUAAGUUCUGGGUGUGCCACAUGGUAAUUAUAUUCCUUUCUUUCUAUAAUAACAAAGCUGCUCUGGUCAUGCUUCAUUUCAGAUCAGUGGAGACCUACGGUCAGUACUCCUCUGAUGCUUUCAGUCUCGAGGCAUUUUUCAGUGCAUUAGGAAAAUUUGCUGGAGUCUUUACUGGAGCGUUUGCCAUCGGCACAUCCAUGGGAAUCAUCACAGCAUUUGUAUCCUUUGAUUUAUGUGUUGGCUCAACAAUUGUUGAACCUACGAUCUCAACUUUAAACAUUUUUUAAAAUAGAACCAAGGUGUUUUUUAGAAUAAAUAUGACUACAUCCAUCUGUUUUAUCUUAUUGUAAAAACAAACUUUUUAGACCAGCUUGAGUGCAGGCCACCCUUACUAAAUGUGUUGCUUUACUGGGUUGACCAGAUCCAUCGCAUGAUUCCAAUAUUAGUAAUCUUUGAGGAUUUGAGUUAUAGAAGUGAAGAUGAGGUAUGCGUACAUCAUAGGGUUUGGGGAAAAACUAGUCUGGCAUAAAAUGUUUUCACAUUUUAUGGUUCUUUUCUGUAACUUAUUUUAUUGAAACUGAAGAAAUAAGUGUACAAAAAUAUAGUCCUUUCAAUUAUCUUUCAUUUGAUACCAAAUUUUAUAAACCAAAGGAUAAUAUUUUAAAUAUUUUUUAAUAAACCCAACCUCUCACUCUUUUUUGCACUUUGAAAAAAAUUUACAUUUUUUCGAUUAAAAAAUUCCACAGCGAAAGAGUUAAAUAGUUUAGCUAAGCCAAGAUUUAUUUUUUUUCUUUAAAAACUGAAUGGCCAGAUCUAUAUUAUCACUAAUUAUGGCAAUAUUGUCACUAAGGGAGUUCUUUGAUGGCUGAUUUCUACUCAAGAGAAAUACUUUGGAUGUCUUGUGUUUAAAUUGUUAUUAUUGUAAAAUAUUGUCAUGGUUAAAAUAUGUAUUUAUUUAUGUGCAGAAAAUGAAUAUGUGCAAUGGAGCCAAAGAACAUUCCCAUUUAUUUGGAUCUAUACAAGAAUAUAUAUUAUUUUUCUUAUCUCUGCUAUGUUAUGACAUUGUUUUCUUUAAGAUGGAAAUUUUUUAAAAUUCUUACUUUUUAGUAUGUUUAAAUUUUUUAUAUAAGAACUAUAUACAUAUAGCCUUGUGGUAAAAAAUUGCCUUGACCUUUGACCCAGCUGACAAAAUUCACCAAAGUGAGGGAUUUCCCUCUGUUGGAGACAGCUCUCUUCUUUUUAAUGUCUUACAGCACAUUCCAAGCUGCUGAGGCUGCAGACCUGACAGGUAAAUUCAACUACUCAUGUCAUUAUUAAUUAGGGCUGAGCCUUCUGCAGUGAUUCGUAAGGGUCUGGGUAAUUUGAGACCAUAACCAGUGGGUCCGGGUAUUACCUAUUCAGGAAUUAUCUGUAUAAAACAAGAAUUUUGUUACACCCAUUGGGGAAACAUGAAAACCACACGCAUAGGCAGAACCAUGACCAACGUUGAUCCCGAAUGCAUGAGAGUUGAAGGCUUCAUAACACUCGUAGCAUAGUACCCUAACCCAAAAUCAUUAAAAAAAAAUAAUAAAGCAUGGGGCAGAACUGCGCUAUAUGCUGCACGAGUGCUGCUAUUGGCUUGGUUGGGAGUGGUUUUCAUUUACCCUACACCAAUUUUACAAACAAAUGAUGUUAAAAAAUGUGCAUUUAACUUUUGAAAUGCUCGGACCCAGUUCAGUUUUACAACCCUGGGGGCAGGUGUGUUCUGGGUGUGCAACUCUCUGCAUUUCUGGUGUCCAGGUCAGCACCCAGGUCAUUCCUAGUUUCUAAAUCAAACAUAAAAUUAAGUCGAUGAAAUAUGCCAAACUUAAACAUAGAUGAAGCAAGAUGGAAUCAUUAGAAGAAGAAAAAAUUCAAUCCACAAAUGGUUUUAUGUCUCACAUGAGCCAAAGAGCCCUGAAAGAAUUAUCUGCAUGGUUACGUAAUUAGACAAUAAUACAAUGCUGACACCUAACACCUGACUUGCUCUAAUACCAUGUUGACACCUAACAGCUUGUGUAAUCACUGUCCUCAGGUAUUGUUGCCGUGUUGUUCUGUGGCAUCACACAGGCUCACUACACAUACAACAACUUGUCCAUAGAAUCAAAGUAUAGAUCUAAACAGGUGAGUCAUGCAUUAUUUUGACAGGAUAUUUGCUCCUAAAUUAACAACAAAAAUAAAUAGUAAAAUAAAAUGGAGUGAAACAUUUCUGAAAUUUAAAAUAAUCUUAAUGGAAGCCUUUUCUUCUUCUUCAGGUAUUAUAUAUAUUUUUAUUUCCUUAUAUUGGGUGCUCUUUAAACCUCCACUUUUGAUUUCAAAACUUUUCCUGCAUCCACCCCCUCUCCCCACCAUCUCGAUUUCAAAUCCAUAAAUCCCGCACCCCAUGAUAAAAAAAACUAAUAACAAAAAAACCCUGCCUCUCGCAUCCCCCUGGUUAAGAACCCCUGCCUCAUAUGGUAUUUAUCUUACCUUGUAGGAUUAUUUAUCUUUAUAAAGUAUUAAACAGCAAACCCGUCACCAAACAGUAUGUCUCAUUCACAUAAUCUGAGACGGUCUUUCAAAACUAAAUGUUGAAUUUGACCCCUGUGUUUCACCAGAGCAUUUUUGGUGUAUACAAUUAUUUAUAACUAACUUUACUUUUUUCCCUCCCGCCAGCUGUUUGAACUGAUGAAUUUUUUAUCAGAAAACUUUGUCUUUCUCUACAUUGGAGUUUCCAUCUUCACAUUUGAUGCCAACAAGUGGGAUGCUGGCUUCAUUUUUGCAGCAUUCGUAUCCUUUCAAUAACUAUUGGGUACAUUCACCAACGAGAAAACUUUUUAUUAAGAGUAGAUCGGGUGGGUGAGUAUCAUUUCUGCUUUCAUAUCAUUUGUUUGCUGUCAUGGUGUGGCCGAGUAAACAUGGAAUCGGGGGGACGUCACCGUGAGUUGAGAGGAAAAAAAUAUUCAGAGUAGAAGUAUAAAUUUUAUUUUAAAACUAUAUCAUUGGGUCUGUUUUAAUUAACCCUACUUAACUUAUACUGGAAUCGAGUUUAGAAACAAAAAAACAUGGUUUCGGAAGCAAACCAAAGUGGUAAAAGUAGGCGGCAACCACGGGCAAGCUACUCUGUUUUUCAAAUAUUUGAACGUAGCCCAUACAGAUAUUACCUGUAAACCAUUCUGGCAGGAAGUGAUUUCCAGACCAUGGAAAACAAAUAAGAUUGUUGUGAAAGCAAAAUCAUGUCAUUAAUAUUCAAAGCUGGAAUAAACUUGUCUUUUUUAAUUUAAAAAAAUUAAUAAAUAAUAAUAAUAAUAAGCAAUUUUGCAGAAAUAUUUGUUUAAUUGAAUGUAUUCCUGAUUUAAAAAAACAAUUAAGUGAAAAUCAUUAUAAAAUCAUGACCAUGUCAAUCAUGUGACUAAAUUUUGUUGGAAUUGUGGAUGGAGGUAAGCUUUUACUUUUUGUCUAUAUCAUCAAUCACGUUAGCUAAGAAAUCGUCGACUCACUGUCAAAUUCAAGUGCAUUGAUAGUUUUGAACACUAAAGAUUUCCUAACGCUAAAGAUUUCCCUAACUGAUGUCCCAGAUGGCUGUGAUAGUGGCCAGGUUCUGUAAUAUUUAUCCACUGUCUUUCAUUCUUAACCUGGGCCGUAGCAACAAAAUACGUCCCAACUUCCAGCAUAUGAUGAUGUUUUCGGGUAAGCAGUUUUGUUUAUGUACACUCUCAAGUAACAUCACUUAGCUGUAGCUGCUUCAUUUCUGCAAUAAAUCAUCAAUCCCCCCCCCCCCCCCAUUUCAUUAUUCUCGUGUACAAAUAUGUUUGUAAUUAGCUUGAAUAAAGUCCUUUGGGUGUUCAUAGAGAGCAAUGAAGGGUUCAAAAGAUCAUGUUUUAUGGGGAAUUAUGAAAAAAAAAUAUGUCAAUAAAUGGUGGCCCUUGUUCAAAUAAGUUUAUUUCAUCAUUUAGAAUGUCUUUAGUUUUUUAAAUUUUUUGGUCAACCAAGCAAGCAUCACACUGGUGAAAUAAAAAGAUUAAACCUUCUUGUAAAAAUAAUGGAGUUAUGAUCGACAUGAGGAAAAAAUGUUGAAUUUUGUUGUAAGUCUUAUUCCAUUCAUCUCCGCAGGUUUGAGAGGGGCCAUGGCUUUUGCCCUGGCCAUCAGGGAGACAGACUCUGAGGGGAAGCAACUCAUGGCCUCGGCAACAAUGAUCAUUGUCUUAGCAACUGUGAUACUCUGCGGGGGCUUCACCACACCCAUGUUGCAGUGGCUGCAGAUUAGGUUGGGGUUUCUUCAUCUUCAUCAUUUCGACCCUCUGAUGAAUUCAUGAUUAUUUCUUAGCCUAUCAAGACUCAAGAAACAAAAUCUGUGUCCGCCUAAAAUACUUCUUUGAAGAUGAGCAGUCCACAAGUCUCAUCCCCAGCUGUAAAAUUGUUGGGUGCUUUGAAGAUGAGCAGUCCACAAGUCUCACCCCAGCUGUAAAAUUGUUGGGGAAAAAUAUUUGAUCCCAUACAUUUAAGAAAAUAAAAUAAAGAUUUCUUAGUUUCAUUUUGCCGAAAUUCAGAUAGUAGAAAUUUCAUGCAGAGGCUUUCAAGAGGAACUUCAUUUUAAAUGUCAACUUUUAUUAUUUAUAAAUUUAAAAAAAUCUGGGUGUCAAUUUAUUUAAACAACACUAAGUCUUUGGUGUUACAUUUAUUUAGUGUGGACAGUCAAUCAAUUUUUCUUUUUUUUUUUUUAGAUUGAUAUUUGUCUUUUUUUUUUUUUUUAAAUUACUGGGUGUCAAUUUAUUUAAACAACACUAAGUCUUUGGUGUUACAUUUAUUUAGUGUGGACAGUCAAUCAAUUUUUCUUUUUUUUUUUUUAGAUUGAGAUUUGUCUAUUUUUUUUUUUUACAAAUCAGGGUUGGUGUUGACGAAACAGAAACAGAGAUGCACAACAUGGCAGGGGAGUCUGUGCGAAACGUAAGUUUUUAAGUGUAGGCUAAUUAACCUGUUUUAAAAGUUGUCACCAUGAAUGAGAGAGAUGUGUAGACAAAUCAUUCAGAAUAUUUUUUGUGUGCCAAAUAUGGGCUAAGAACAACAGAAAAAAAUGGGUUAGGUAAAAAAAAUAAUUUUUAAAUGUAGGCGCCAUGAUAACUGGGUGUUCUAGAUUUGCCUACCCCUUGGAUAAAGCAAUUCAAAAGUUAAUUAUAAAUUUAAGUUGCUUAUUUAUAUAAAAGGUUUCUUGUACAAUUUCUGGAAGAAUGGUUUUAUCCAAACUUUUUUCUUUGUUCUCUCUCUCUCUCUCUCUUUGUGUAGGUCUAUGAUAUAAUUUUAAAACUAAAUGUAUCAAUUAUUUUGUUUAAACUUUGAUAGAAUGUAUUUCUUGAGUUGAACAUUUUAUUUGGCAAAAUUUAUAAGAUAAGACUUGGUGAUGGUAACAUUUUGGCAUAUGGCUUAAACAUAGCCCAGUCUCUUGAGUUUCAAGAUCCUACAAUGUCUUGACAUCACAAUUUGCUCAUGGGCUGUCGCCUGUCAUAAAAUGAUAAAGUUAUUUGUGUGGGGGGGGGGGGGUGUGAUAGGUCAUCACAGUGACCAGAGAAUAGUGUGCCUAUCAGGCGACAAGCCAUUGGUUGACUACCAUCAUCAUUGUUCCAUACACUUUGUUAAUUUUUCUAUUCCUGGUCGGACAAAAGGCCACGAUGGAUUACAUCUUGAUUCAGUUUUACCUGUUUCAUCUAGACAUUUUAUAAACUUGGAUCAUCCAUGCAAAGAUGUUCAUUUGAAAUUGUUCAGAGUUCCUCAGCUUUUGUUUGUUUUAAUUUUGUGUUCCCUCCCCCAAUAAAAAAUGACUUACCCUUUCAUUUUAUACCAUCGCCAUCCCAGCUGACCCCAGACAUGGUGGUAUGUCAUUGGCUGUUGUAAGACUUGUGUCUUGACUGUGCUCUCCCGUCACAAGCUUGACUAAAAAAAAACCGCACAUUUUACUUUGCUGUUGUGGCUGUCGUUGUUUCUUUAUGACACUAACACCGCUGUUUCUCAAACUGACGCCACAGCCAUAGUUUUGCUGCUAGCAUUGUGGCCGAGCUGAAUAACUUCCAAUGCUGUUACAGUGACAUUUCAAACUGUGACAUUUCAAACUGUGACUCUCCAAUUAUCAUUUUAGUUUAAUGUAAGGACCUCCUAAGACUAAUUGAGGGAGGGCACAUUAAAUGGUCCAUAGAAAAUUGUUCAUCAUAAAUGAGCAAAUAAAAAAACACAUGAAUCAGUUUUAAGAAAGAAGCUGUACUUGUAUUUUGUUGCAUUUUGCAACUGUGCAAUAUUAAAUGAAAUACAUAAUCUAGGCCAUGACAUCAUAUUUUAGCAAAAUAAAUUAAAGGUCAUUAAACCAUGAGCAUUUCUAAUUUAUAAAAUGGUUAUCUCCCCGGCACUGUAUUAGACUUUUAAAAAAAAAUGAUGUAAACAAAUUCAAACAUCAAUAUAAAUUAUACAAAAUGCAAGUGUUGUCACAGUAAUUGAAACAUAGAUUUUGAAAAUAAUUUGUGAGUUAUUUAUUACUUGCUAUCAACUAGAAGUUGAUGGUUUUAUUUUCAAGGACAAAGCAAGAUACCUUAAUGUAGAACAUGUCCCACCAGUGACAGAAAAGGACAGAUCUUAACAGCUUGUUUAACUUCGCUGUCUUACUACAGAAACGUGGGAUUUUAAUAAAUUAUUCCCUAUAAACUAUGAAAAUAUAUCGAUUCUUAAACAAAAAUCUGACAAUCACUAAUAAAACAGCUUGCAAUAUUUCUUCUUUAAUUUACAAUGCUGAAAUAUUAUAUUACUGAUUUCAAUUAUUUUCAUUUUUUUUUUUUUUUUUGUAAGAUAAAGCUAAUCUGUGUUUUGAAACCUCUUGUCUACUGGAAGGACUCACAGCACACACUAAAAUUUAGAAAGCAGUUGAUCAAGGAAUGUGGAAGCUUGAAAAGAUAGGACAGUAAGAGAAGAACCUUUUGGCUAAGAGCCUUUGUCUUCAGUAAUCUUUUAUUGUCCUGUCUGUAUGUUUCAAGCUUCCCAUAUACCUAGAUCCUCUAUUUCCUUCACACAGCUUGAACGCAGUCCUUCAUUUAUCAAAAUCUAGGUCUAGAACACAUCUAGAAAAGCAAAAAAAUACAAUCAUUGGCAUUAUCAUGUUUUAUCAAUCACUGCACAAGGACAUACACUACUGACUACAACAUUUGAUCAGUCGCAGUCACAUACACUACUGACUACAACAUUUGAUUAGUCGCAGUCACAUACACUACUUCGUCAACUUCAGUCAUGUUAUAAAGUUAUUGUUUUACAUGAUGUGAUUGGUAACCUCAAAACUGUGAUUCUACAGUGUGCAGCAAAUUUCAUACGCCCAGUUUAUAUGUGGGUCAAAUUAGUCCCAUCUGAAAUAUAAAAGUGCAGGGGGUAAAUCUGAAGGGUAGGUGCUGGUGUGCAUUCCUGGGCACUGGGUGAAGGAUGUUUUAGAAUAAGGUCCUUGGGUUGAUAGAUGUUUUAGAAUGAAGUCCUUGGGGUGAUAGAUGUUUUAUAAUGAAUUACUUGGGUUGAUAGAUGUUUAAGAAGAAAUAAAUUCCUUGUGUUGAUGGAUGUAUUAGAAUAAAGUGCUUGGGUAAAAGAGAUGUCUUUAAAAAAACAACUCAUUAAUCCUGGAUUGUGGUGUGAUGUCUCCUGGGUUGUGGUGUGAUGUCUCCUGGGUUGUAGUGUGAUGUCUCCUGGGUUGUGGUGUGAUGUCUCCUGGGUUGUGGUGUGAUGUCUCCUGGAUUGUGGUGUGAUGUCUCCUGGAUUGUGGUGUGAUGUCUCCUGGGUUGUGGUGUGAUGUCUCCUGGAUUGUAGUGUGAUGUCUCCUGGGUUGUGGUGUGAUGUCUCCUGGAUUGUAGUGUGAUGUCUCCUGGGUUGUGGUGGGAUGCCUCCUGGGUUGUGGUGGGAUGUCUCCUGGGUUGUGGUGGGAUGUCUCCUGGGUUGUGGUGGGAUGUCUCCUGGGUUGUGGUGGGAUGUCUCCUGGGUUGUGGUGUGAUGUCCCCUGGGUUGUGGUGGGAUGUCUCCUGGGUUGUGGNUUGGGGUGUUAGUGUGAAAGUAUUGUGGUGUUAGGGUGAAAUAUUGUGUUGGUAGGGUAAAAAAUUGUGGUGUUAGGGUGAAAAAAAUUUGGUGUUAGUGUGAAAGUAUUGCGUUGUUAGGGUGAAAGUAUUGCGUUGUGGUGUGAUGUCUCCUGGGUUGUAGUGUGAUGCCUCCUGGGUUGUGGCGUGAUGCCUCCUGGGUUGUGGCGUGAUGUCUCUUGGGGUGUGGCGGGAUGUCUCCUGGGUUGUGGUGGGAUGUCUCCUGGGUUAUGGUGGGAUGUCUCCUGGGUUAUGGUGGGAUGUCUCCUGGAAUGUGGUUGGGAUGUCUCCUGGGUUUAAACUUAAAUCAUUACUGCUUUCUUGUCUGAUGUUAAAGCCUUCUCUUAAAAAAAAUAAAACAAUAAUUAUUUUGGCACAUGCAUAUACAUGCUUUUGUUGUUGCCAUGACAACAUUAGCACCAUAGCUAACAAGCACUUUAUUUCAUUUUCCUUAAAGGACUUAAAUUUAUUGCAAUAACCUUAAAAAGUUAUGGUAUUAUAUUUUUGUGGGAAAUACUUAUAGUAUCAUUGGAAAAAUGUAAUAACACAACCUAUUACUUGGGAACUAAAGUUGUGAACUUUCCUUAAUACCCUCUUGUUUCCCGGACUAAAGUUGUGAACUUUCCUUAAUACCCUCUUGUUUCCUGGUUGAGAACUACUGAUCUAAGUCAUAAUCUAUUAACAAAUGGUAAGAUUUCGUUUUAAAAACAACAAAACAUGUGGAUCAUUUCUUUGUUCCGGGGCGACUGUUUGUUAGUCCUUGACCCCUUGACCAAAUAUGUGAAAUACUAACCUCAAGUCCUUGAAACAAACACUCGUUCUCAGGCCAUUUCCUCGCAGCGCCAUUAUAACACCAUGACCCAUCAGGGUGGUUCCUCCAGUCAGUCGUCCACCCUCAGUGGUCAGGGGCCGACUUCGCGGGCCACAAUAAACUCAGUAUGUUUUGGUUGCCAUUAAGCUUCUGUUAUGCAUGGAUCUUAAGUUGCAGAUCCUCUUGAAUGCACUGUUGCUUCAGUUUAAAAGUUAAUCUCUAAACCUUUUGACUUUUAAUUUCAGCACGUUCCUGAUUUUAUAAGACAUCUAUGAUUUUCAACAUGUCCAGGCUGUCAUUGAAACUGCACAUGUCCAGGCUGUUAUUAAAACUAGACAUGUCCAGGCUGUCAUUGAAACUGCACAUGUCCAGGCUGUUAUUAAAACUAGACAUGUCCAGGCUGUCAUUGAAACUGCACAUGUCCAGGCUGUUAUUAAAACUAGACAUGUCCAUGCUGUCAAUGAAACUGAACAUGUCCAGGCUGUUAUUAAAACUAGACAUGUCCAUGCUGUCAAUGAAACUGAACAUGUCCAGGCUGUCAUUAAAACUAGACAUGUCCAUGCUGUCAAUGAAACUGAACAUGUCCAGGCUGUCAAUGAAACUAAACAUGUCCGGGCUGUCAUUGAAACUAGACAUGUCCAGGCUGUCAUUGUUGUCACACAUGUCUUGAAUGGGAUAUUUAGAAUUAAGUUAACCUCAAUAAUAAUUUCAUGUUUUGAAAAGCACUGUUUUUAUUGUUAAGUGUCUUCCUUUUUACAAAUUCACUUUGAUGUUGUUUUAUGUUACCCUUGUGAUUGUCUGGUGAGGACACGCCAUGCUGUACAUGAGCUUUUGCUUUACAGUUGCAUUUACUUAAGCAAUGAUCUCUCUAGGUCAUGGGAGGCAAAAGUAAUCGAUCAGUGUUAUUUGCUUUACAGUUGCAUUUACUUAAGCAAUGAUCUCUCUAGGUAAUGGGAGGCAAAAGUAAUCGAUCAGUGUUAUUUGCUUUACUGCACCUGUAUUUUUUAAAAACCCUAAAAUUAAAAUUUAUUAUUUAUUUAUUAUAUUAACAAAAGAAUCUUGGUGUUACAAAAAUAAGAAUAAAGCUAAAUUAACUUAAAUUCAAUCAAUAUUGACACCAGAUAGAUAUUGUAUUAGUUUAGGGGAUUGUAUGUCUAUGCAGUACACUUGGUAUCUAUUUUAUUUGUUAAAUUUGAGGCUCAUUUUACUGUAAUCUUUCAAACAGCUGAUGUGUUUCAGUUUAAUUAGAUAUGAGACACUAAGGCUGAAGUAAGUACAAAAAGUCUAAGUUUAUAAACUGUGUGUCUGAUCUGACAUGCAUAAAGUUAGUAUUAAAAAGUCUUAUUUUAUUAAUCGUGUGUCUGAUCUGACAUGCAUUAAGUCAGUAUUAAAAAGUAUAAUUUUGUAAACUGUGAGUCUGAUAUUACAAGCAUAAGGUGAUUUUCCCCUGAAUAUGGCAGUGCUCAGAAUGUCCUCAUGUUUAAAUAGUUAAAAUUAAUCUUCUUCACAGAAAACUUCUGCUAUGAUAGCCCUAAAUAACCAGAGCUCUCCUUUACUUGACCAGGUAUUUAGUGACAGCAGCAGCAUUGUGUCAUUUACAUUAUUUUUUUUUAAUAAUAGUACUUUUGUUUGGUUUAGAGAGUUUCAGGCCCAAGCAUUACAAAAAAAAAUUGUUUCCCUAUUAUUUCUCAGGACUUUUUCAGAUUUUUUUUUUUCUAGUGGUAACUAGCAAUUUUUUUCUGGUUCAAGAUUAUUUUAUAUUUAUAAACUACUCUGAUGAAAUCAUAGUUGGAUUGGUAACUGUUUUUUAAAAAUAUUUUUUGCUUUGAGUUAACAAACCAAUGUUAAAAAAACAAUGGUUUGUUUAACCCAAAGCAAACAAUAUAAAAAAAAAAAUAUAAAAUAUAUAUAUAUAUAUAUUUUAUAUAUUAACUACUCUGAUGAAAUAAUAGUUGGAUUGGUGACUGUUUAUUUAAAAUAUUGUUUGCUUUGGGUUAAAAAACCAUUGUUAAAAAAAAAAAAAGAUCUUUUAUCUUAGUUCCAUGAGCUUGUCCAUUACUCUACCAUAGUCAGUUUGUUUUGUAUUUCUUGAAAAAAACAUAUGCAUUGGUUUGUGUCCAUCAGGUUACUUGCUAAAACUAAUUAAUUGUUUCUGAGAUGGUCUUUUGUGCACAAUAUUAUUUUGCUUGCUAUCUAACAAGACAUGUUUUUUUGUUUUUUAAAAAGGACAUGAAAAUAUGUGUGUAAAUCUAAGUGAUUGAUUAAUUCUAACGAGCUUAGAAAAUCAAAUUGGAUUCACUUGAAUGCCAGUUCAUUCCAUUGCCUGAUUGCAGUUUUAUUUUGCGGCCUUCUUCCAUGUUUGCUCAGACUUCUCACACAAACUACAUGCUUUAUUCUCUUGAGUUUAACAAAUCACAGUUUGUUUUUUUGUGCACUUGUUUGGCAUACUUUUUACGAGCUUUGAACUAAGCAUGGGAGUUAUUCUUCACCUUGUCAUUGCUGCUCUGUAGGAAGUUCUUCUGACUAUCAGGAAUAACUAAAACCUUCUUGUGUAUAAAAAACCCAUUAAUAUUGGUGGAAAUAUAGGUUCUUUAAAGAAAGAAAAAAAAUUGUAUUAAGUGUCUGUAAGAGAUGUUAUUGUCUAUUUUUCUUACAAGCUGCAAAUCUAAAAACAUCAAGAUGAAGAAAAAAAAUAUCAGAGAAGUGUGUAAUGAAUCUGACUAUAAAAGGGCAUCUUUAUUUUUAUUAAUUUGAAUGUUGUGUUGUCAUAACUUUAUGACAUUUCGGUUACUCUCAUAUGAACUUCACCAUUCUGCAAAGAGGUGUUAUUUUACAUUUAAGAAAUGUGCUGGAAAAAUAAUCAUAAGAAUCUAAUUCAAAAAUUUUAAGCUUGUGUGUAAUUUAGGGAAACUCAUUUUGCUAUUGACCUCCUCCCCCCCCCCCCCCACACUUAUUCCUCACUGUAUAAACAAGUAAAACUAUAAAUGUAGCCAAGAAAUGUUUUUGAUCAACUGAUGGGUUAAAAUUUGCUUUGGUCCAGUCCACUGUUCGGCCUUCUGCCUUCAUAUUUUAUUUUAUCCUACGAUACCAUUAAAUUUUGAAUUCUGAAAUGCUGUUUUAGAAUAAGUACAUCUUUACCGUCCUUGACAUGUAAGAAAAAUUCUGAAGAGCAUACCUCAGAUUUAUAAUUUCUCUUUUCAUCCUUGAAGAAUUAUUGAAGCAAAAGUACCAUUUUGUGUAUCUGCAUUAAAGAUUAAUCACCACUCUAUCAACAGCAAUGAAUUACCAUACAGCAAUCAUUUCAGUUUGAUUCUUUCAUCUCUCUGCAAGUCUUAUGGAAUCACUAUUGCCCCUGAUUUCCCAUAUGUUGAUUGUUUAUGUGAUGUUUCAACAGUUGCAUUAUUUGUGUUGCACAUGCACAGCUUGACAAGCCCCUUUUUUUUUUUAAGCUUAAGACUGCAUGCACUUUUUUCAGUGUUCAGUCUUUACUUUUUAAAGUGAUAACCCAUUCAGAAUGCACACCAGAGUGCUUUUCAUCCUUGAAUAAAUGUUGUUUUUUAAAAAAAGAAUGUACUUGUUUUUUUUUGGUGUUUUUUUUGUGUGUUUUUUUUUUGUCAUUUUUUUUUUUUUCUUGGAAAUUUUAUUUUGAGAAGCUAUGCAAUUUUUGACAAUUUAACAUUUAUUUGCGUACAUUUUUUUACAUAGGACAUAGAGUAAUCUUUUAUUUUUUUUUUUUUAAAAAAAAAUUUUUUAAUGCACACCAGAGUGCUUUUCAUCCUUGAAUAAAUGUUGUUUUUUAAAAAAAGAAUGUACUUGUUUUUUUUUGGUGUUUUUUUUGUGUGUUUUUUUUUUGUCAUUUUUUUUUUUUACUUGGAAAUUCUAUUCUGAGAAGCUAUGCAAUGUUUGACAAUUUAACAUUUAUUUGCGUACAUUGUCUGACAUAGGACAUAGAGUAAUCUUUUAUUUUUAUAUUCUUAAAAAAGAAUUUUUUCAGUAUUUUUGUCACUCUUGUUUUUCAAUGUAGCUGUGAUCACUAUCUGCAAGAUUGCUUCUGUUUUAACCAUGUAUUUGUAUGUGCAUGCAGAUAUAUGUAUGCAUCAAAUUAAAAACUCUUACGUUUAAUAAAAAGAUAUUACAGUUUAGUAAGAGUGUUUAACAAAUUAAGCAGCACCAGUCUGUCUGGUCGUUAUUUUAAAAAAAAAAAAUCUCUUAAACUCAUUUUCAUAGAACAUUAGACUACUUGCUUAGGUCCAAAGAUGUGCUCAUCUAAAGUAAAGUCUUGCACAAGAGUUAUUACUUUUUAUAGCAGCAAUUCUCAUGGGAUUUUUAUCCAAAUUUAUAUUUCUUUUAGUUAUGAGUAGUACCUUGAUGGAAAGCAAAGUUGUGCACUAUUUGUCAUAUAAAAAUAAUUUAUUCAAGCAUCUUAUUUUUUUUUUAAAUCUCCAGCGGCAAUCUGACUCAUCAACGACUCCUAUAGGCCUCCCUUCUUCUACGUCGCCAAGAGUUACUGAAAAAGCCUGGCUAGUUGCCAAGUGGUACAACUUUGACAUGAGGUAUUUAAUAUUUGGUAGCUGGGGGGUUUGGUGAUUUCUCCUGGGGAGAAGAGAUUUGCAGAAAAGUUCUGUUCCACAGCAGUUGACUAAAAAUAUAACAAAAAAAUACCAAAUUUCAAAACUCAAAUCUCUAAUCUCUUAUAUGUCUUUGUAUUUCUUGACUUUGGUCUUGUGUCAUAUUUUUACGACCUAUCAUGCUUUCAACUCCUCCUUCCCCCCUCCCUUUUUCUUUUACACUUUUAACCUUUUUUUUUUCAUAAUGUUUAUUAUUGUUUCUGGAAACUAAAUGAGUGACCAAUGACUUGACUCAUUAGUGCUGCUUUGUCAUGUAAGCUUCUAGACAUUUAUAGAGCAGUUAAAAAGUUUUUAUUUGUUAUAAGAAGGAUUUAGAUAGUGGUUGGAAGGGGGGGGGGGGGAAAUUUGGCAGGACAGAUUAGGAAAACUCCUUCCCAAAAUAUAGCUACAUCAUUUGAAUUAUGGGCAUUUUAGGCAGGGCUUUGAAACCAUGAUGUAAAAUCACAAGAUUGUAUAAUUUAGAUUUAGAUAGUGGUUGGAAGGGGGGGGGGGGUAAUUUGGCAGGACAGAUUAGGUAAACUCCUUCCCAAAAUAUAGCUACAUCAUUUGAAUUAUGGGCAUUUUAGGCAGGGCUUUGAAACCAUGAUGUAAAAUCACAAGAUUGUAUAAUUUAUUCCAUAAAUUGUAGGAAAUAUAUUUAGCUAAUAUGGUAAAUGCCUUUUUUAGGGGAAAAAAAAGGUUUUAAACAUUCUAUUUUUUCCAAUGCAUUAUGGCAUAAAAGUUCUAGAUACCGGGUAUAUAAAUACAAUGACUAGCUUAUGUCUACAAACCAUAUUACACUGUUUUACCUCAGAAUUUUUACAUGAUUUCUUUUCACUCAGGUUUAUGAAACCUCUCCUGACCAAUUGUAGACCGACGCUAAUGGAGACUUUACCAAGUUGUUGCCUCCCUUUUGCUAGAGUUUUUACCACAGAGGAGCAGAUAACUCAGGUCUGAAUUUUUGUCAUUCCUCCCAAAAUAGAUGUGAUGGAUUUUUAAAAAAAGAUCUGUCCCCAUUAUUUUGACUGAAAUUGUUCCAUUGUUUUAACAUAUCUUGUUCCACUAUUUUCUGUAAAUGUUUAGUGUAAAUUUUAUUUUAAAGACUUACAAUUUUAAUUCACCAAAGGAAGUUAAUAUCAAAUCCAAAAAAAUAUAUUUUGAAGGGAGAUUUCCUUUUUGAAAAAAAGGAAAGGUUUUGCUCAUGCAAAUUUAGUAAAUUGUGCUCCCCUUUUUAACACACGCACACAACUUUACACACACCCACAAAACAUUCCCCCCCCCCCAUUUAUGAUGAUGUGAGCUUGAGUUUUGAUAUCUGCCAUUGUUUUGAUGUAUCCCAAUGAAGGGGGAGGUUCACAUUGAUGAAGAUUCAGACACAGACAUGAUCCUGGACCAGGGAAGUCUGUCUCUCGGCGGAGAUUUCACCGGCGGCAAUGAAGCAGGCGGGCACGGGGACAGCCACGACCUUUCGAAUGUCUCCUCCUCGCCCUGGGCGACCAAGGAUCCCCUGCAGGUAGGACUGGCACAGUACUCUGCUGUUGAAGUUUUCUUUGAAUGCUUGUUUUGUUCCCUAUAACAGAGCGGUCGUGCCUACGAUUUACAUUUUCUCACAAUAAUUUUUAGGUGGUUAAUGACUUCUUACGCCCUGGCAUGAUAUGUAAAUGAGAUGAGUUGGUUUUUUAGAGACAGAACAUUACAAGCAUGACGGUACCCAAAUGUUUUUUUCGUAAAAAAAAAAAGUAUUAAAAAAAAAAUUGUUUAUUUGUUUUGUGGAGUUCAUAAAAAAAAAUCGAGUUUUUUUUCCAGAAUAUGACCGUGCAUGAACAGGCUGACAUUAGAUAUGUUGUGUUUACUUAUCACCUUGAAAUUGUACCAGGUGUGCAACUUGAGAGAAGGUUUUAGUGACCACAGCGUUCAGAUUUCUACUCAAAAAAUUUAAUAACAAAAAAUUUGUUUCCCAUCUAAUGAAUUGUUGUACUGAGAAGGAAAACAUUUUUCUGUUCUCAGUAUUUUUUAACCCUCUUGAGACGACUAAAAUGGAUUGGCCCAGAGUCGAACGGGGAAAAUACGAAUGGCCGAUCCAUUGGUCCAUAUAAUACAAGCCCCAAGAUAUGCUGGCCAGUCUUUUUACCAGCUAAUUAGAUCACUUCUAUCAUUUCUUGCUCAUCUCCUUCCUUUGAUAGUUUACGGCGUUAUGUCAUUUUAUAGCAAUUUAUUUUGUACCUCGUGACACCUAAAAAUUCUUAAAAAUAUCUGAACUUGAAAUAUGCCAGUGGAAUAUUUUAUGCAGCUGUUCACAUUGAAUCUCACUCAAAUAUUUGUUAGGGCUUAUUAGGCUUAAAAAAAAUCAGAAAAUUCAACAAAAUUCUGCAAGUAAUGCAUGGUUAUUCUGAGUCUAAAAAGAAAUUACUUGUGUAAAUUAUGCAUAUGAGGAUAUCUCAUUUGCAUAAAUGCUGAGAUUUCAGUUUGAUUCAUAAAGAUCGUAUUAGUUCAUUCAAUCCCCUACUAGAAUAUUUAUAGUUUUAUAUUUGUAAAAUAAUUCGUUUAUAUUUUUAAUAAAUUUUUUUGCCAAGUAAGAACAGGGCUUGUGGAAAAGGUUCAGCUUCCUUGGCAUCGACAGUCCAAAAAUGCUACGUCUCAAGAGGGUUUAAAAGAAAUCUGCAUCUGACUGGCAUAACAACAAUAAUUUGUAGUGUUCUUGUGUUGCCUGUUAAAAAAUUUUUAAAGGAUAAACUCUAAUAAUACAAAGUGUCCAACUAGGCAUGCAGGGGAACUAUUCCCUUCUCCAAUUCGAUGGGAGCAGUUACUCUGUUUCUAUGCCCAAACAGAAUUUGAUGUUAAACAAGUGUUUGACUCAGCUGUUUCCUGCGUCUGUCAGAGACACACAAUAAGUAAAGAAGUGUGACACCUUAAACAACAUAUAAGUUUAUUGUAUGUUUUAUGUGCAUACACUUUUUUUAUGGUGAAAAAGUUUUAGCCUUGAUUUUUUUUACUGUUUAAAAAAGAAAAAUCAAUGUUCUGAAAGAUAAAGACCAAAGUUAGAGGAAAUGUUAAAACAUUAUCACUUAGUAGUUUCAGGUGAUUGCUAGCAACAAACUUGGCUACUUGACUGUACGAUUGUUUGCAAGGUUUCUCUCUACGCAUCAGCUUCUUCUAGAAUGCUAGCUCAGCCGCUGAUAUAAAAAAGCAAAUAUUUUAUUAGAGAUUAAAGCUUAAAAUUUCUCUUAAAAUUGUUGACCUGCUCUCAAACCCCCACCCCCUCACAUAAUGUACCUGACACAUCCGAUUAUCACAAGUAUCCAGACUGAGUGCUAAAUGUAUAAAUGUUUUGCAACACUGCAUGGCCACAAGAUCUUAUUCAGUCACUGAUAUUGUGUUCUUGCAUGAGCAAAGUUAACAGUUUUGGUUGGUCAGCUCACAGUGCCCUCCAAAUAUUUUUUUACAAAAUUAUAUUUUGCUGUUGAAUAUUUUCACGUAUGAUUAUGAAUAUAUUAAAUAAUUAUCUAUUUUAUUUUUAUAUUUUUAAUAUAUUUUUUUAUAGACAUUUGAGCUUUAGAAAAGUAAGUAGGGCUAUUCCCUGAUGGGGUUUAGUUAUUUCAACUUGAGAUCUCUUGAACACCUUUAUUCCUGUGUCUCUCUAGCCUGGUUCUUUCUUUUUGACAAUUCCCAAAUUCAACACCCCCCCCCCCCCCUUUUUUUUUUUUUUAAUUUAAAAAAAAAAAAAAAAAAAACCCCCCCCUUUUUUUUUGUGUUAAAUUUAAAAAAAAAAAAAAAAAAUUUUGACUGUUGUCCUUUAUUUAAAAUCUCCAACAAAACAUUUAAAAAUUUUUUUUUAUUGCAAGUUUGGACUAGUGUACUUUGGGACUCAGUGUGAGAAAAAAGUAAUUGUGGUUAUCAAGUUGUGAAAAUGAGGUCAUUUAAAAACAUAGCUUUUGGACAACUAAUACCAAUGUGACCAUAAAAUUUAAUAUACUGUAGUUCAUCUUCAUUUGAGAAGAAUCGCAUGUUGUCGUUGUUUUUUUUUUAUGUGUGUUUUUUGCUCUUUUUCUUUUAUCAGUGAAUUAAAUUUGCAUUAUGGAGUAAGGCUAAAGAGUAAGAAUGAAUCAAACUAGACAAUCAUAACUGUUCAUGUAGAUGUUAUUUUAAAAAAAAAAUAUUUUUUUUAUUGCUGCACUAGAUCCACAUAUUAAUCUAAUCUUGCUGGUAUUACAAUCAUCACAGCCAGCGGCAUCAUCCACCAGGAUGUCCCGUUUGAAAGUAAUGGGACGUGACAUGCUAACGAACGAUGCAAAUAAGUAUAGAAUAAGGAGGUCACCAAUAGUGAGCUGAAACCUCCUGAUGUCAAAAUCGUUGACAUUGAAUAUUUCAUUUCUGUACUUUUGUCAAAUGUUGGUUUAUUUUUUUUUAAACCUCCACAAUGUAAUCUUUCUCUUACAGCUAAAGGAUAAAUUGCUGAUUUUUAAAAAAAAAAUUUGUAUCGUAAUUUUUUGCAUUUUUAAAUUUUGUUUUUUGUGAACACCUUUAAGAAAAAAUAAAAAAAUAAUAAAAGUUGUUCACACAAAACAGAAGAAUAUAAAACUAAAUGCAAAGAGUUGAUAUAAUUAUCAACUUUUCGCAUCUAAUUUUUAUUUCUUUUGUUUUAACACCUUUAAUUUUUUUAAUUUUAUUUUUCUUUACAAUUUUUUUUUUCCAUUUCUUCUCCCUGUCUACCUACCCCCCCUCCCGCCCCUGCUCCUUACCUCUGUCUGUGCCCACUUGUGGGAAAUGUUCCUUUAGAUGGAGGAGAUGAAUGUAGAAGACGGUGAUGAUAGACCUAUCACUCCCUGAGUGUUGGGGGCCACUAGUUGCGUCCCUUUGGUCAUGUAAGCAUUCAACUGUUCCUGUCUGUCACAUUGUCAGUCUUUGAUAACCAGACACUGGUAUUUAAUCAUGUCACAUUGUAAGUCUUUAUAACCAGACUCUAGUAUUUAAUCAUGUCACAUUGUCAGUCUUGAUAACCCAACAAUUCUGGUAAUUAAUCAGGAAGGAAUUUGACAUUCAUAUAGCACAGUGGUUCUCAACCUUUCUAAUGCCGCGACCCUUUAAUACAGUUUCUCGUGUAAAUUUUGAAAUGAAAUCACUUUAUCUGUGUUUAGUUUAAGAAACACCAAAUGUAUUAAAAAUGAAAUAACAUCCUUUCUCAGCUAGCACUAUAUAGCUACCGUCUAUAGAUAUUUGACCUUUGAGCCUUGGCCUAGCUGUGAUGGGAGAACAAAACUAAAAUAUUUACAGAAAAAGACAAAUUAUGAAUAAGGACAUAAAUUUGUUACGGUACCAAAAUGUCAAAUUCUAUUCCUGCAACUGGCUAUAGGAAAAAAAAAAAAACUCUCUUAACCAGUGUUUCCCAGACAUUUUUAAACAAUUGCUCAAAUUGAACUUCAUUUAAAAAAAACAUGGAUUAGUUAUGUUUUCCUAUUCUAGUUAAACUCUCACUUACACAUUUAAUUUUUCUAAAGCUGCAUUUUUCAUUCAUAGAUUUAAAAUUUUUUUUUACACUUUAGUGUGGGCAAACAGAAUAAUGUUAUUGCCCCAUUGUUUAAGAGGAAAAUGAGAUCUGAAAAUAUUCUCAUAUGUUGUUUCUGUUUUGGAACCACUGAAUGAAGUAGUCUCAUAUGUUGUUUCUGUUUGGGAACCACUGAAUGUAAAAAAAAAAACCAAAAACUUAUUAGUCUCCUUAGAUUAUUACUUCAAACAUAUAUUAUAAUAAAUUGUAUAGAAAAGUAUAGUAAUGUCAGUUUUACUCAUCACAACACAAUUCUCUUAACAAUGCCUAUAACAGGUCAUAGUUUUUAUUGAUGGGUCUCUCUGAAUAAAGCAGUUGUUCUCUUGGUGGUGGCAUCCUAUCUCCCUUGUGUCUGAGGGUAUUUAAAGUGUACAACAAUUGAAGAAAAAAAUAUUUUUUCUAUCAUAUCAGUUUCGAGUUUUCCAUGUGUACUGUCAGUGUGACAUGUCCUGUCAUUAGUUGUCAUUGUGACAUGUCCUGUUGUGAGCUGUGACAAGUCCUACUUGAGUAAAUAACUAUUUUAUUUUGAAAUUGGAAAGGAAAAAAAAAGUUUGAAAAAAAAAGCAAGCAUCUAAAAUGUGGUUGCAUCUUCCUUGCCAAAAACCCCCCCAAAAAUAAUAAUAAUAAAAAUAAACCACUGGUUUUUAUUGUUCUUUCUUGGUACCGGUAUAAAGUUUUAUUUGAACAAGAUCAAACUUAUUAGCUCAGUGCAUCAUAUCUGUAGAAAAAUUAGGAAUUUUCUUUCUUCACACAACGCAUGAUUUGAAAUAUACACACUUUAAAAUUCUUUUAAAAUGGUAUUUGCAAUAGGAAAAAUUGCUUGUGGAAACAAUGGACUAGUUGGGCAUUAAUUACUACACUGUUUCAUUUCACUAACCUGGGCUGAUGCAUAUGUUGAGUCCUAUUGCAAAACCUGCUAAGUAACAUCUGGUUGUUUUUGAGAUAAAGCUGUCUUUGUAAAUUAAAUUUCUUUGGCAUUUACAUUUUUUUUAUGCUGAAAUUUUAGACUAAAGCUUUUGAUUCAUUAAAUACAUAAAAUACAUAAAAUAAUGUAGAUUGAUAGUUUUAAAAAAACUGCCAAAAUUGUUCAAUCAUUUCUUUUUUAAAGUACGUAGCAGGUUUUGCAAUCAGACUCCUCAUAUAUUUAGGUUAAUAUUAUUAUCAAUGCUUAUAACAGAAGCGCAUGUUUAUUUCUUUGUGACACAAUUACUCAUUAUCUCUUCUUUACUUUUAUCUCUAACUUGUCAAACUUCCUUUUUAAAAAGAAAUACAUUUUUUAAUUUUUUUGUAAACAAGUCAAAGUAAAAAAUUAGCUCAGAGUUUGAACAUUUGUAGUAUCGGUAUUUAGAUUUGCUUACAAUCCCUCCCAAAUAUUAAUACUAAUGAUAGUAGUUUGUUCUUCAAACAUUUUUUUAAUAUUUAUUUUUACUUCUCUGGUUUAUGGUUUUGCUAUGAAUUUGGCCCUUUUUUUUUCCUCCUCAGAGUUGUAACAAAUUCUGUUACAUUUCUCAACACAAAGAAUUAUCAUGUGCUAUUGAUGAUUAUCAUUAAAGAUCAUUUUAUUUUUUGUUGGACCUCAAUAAAUACUAAAUAAAUCUCCUUUUCAAAGCAUAUUAGUAUUAGAUUGUUUGUUUUAAAAUAGAUAUAAAAUAAAAUAUUUGUUACAGUAAUUCUUUUUUUUUUAAAGUAAACAACAAUAAUAUGCCAGGGGUUUUAUAUUAUUUUCUGAUCUGUAAUCAGCUUUCAAGAUUGAUCAUUUACCAAAAGCUUUUAUUAUAAUCAGCUUUCAAGAUUGAUCAUUUACCAAAAGCUUUUAUUAUAAUUUAAAGAUUUUUCUGACUUAAGUUACAAUCUUCUGAGUCCCACAACUAAUUUUUUAAACUUAGAUAUUGUGUGUUUUUUUUUUCUACAUUAAUGACCAUAGACUUUCUAACAAAGUAAAUUUUUUGUUCGUCCAGAUCCCCCUUAGACAUCCCAACAACCUAAUAAUCUAUUUAUUUAAAGAUCAUCAUAGAUUAAUUUAUGGGCAAACAGAAUGUGUAGAUGACAUUUAAUUAAUGACAUUAGAUGAGCUAUUUAAUCAUUUAGAAAUUUUUAUAAUAAUUCUGCUAAGAUCCUUUCGCUUGUGCUGGUCUGAGUCUACUAAUGUCAAUGCUUUGGUUUUGGUAAAGCUGGCAAAUCAUCUAAUAUGAAUAUAUAUUUAAAAAGAAAUUUUUCUAAUACCAUGAUUGAAACAAUGUGCAAAAUAUAAAUUAUUAAAAAUCACUGCCUCUGAGGUCACAUGAGAAAUCUGGCUUUUGAUAACUAUAACAUAUUGGUAGAAAGAGAAAAUAAAUAUGAAAAAGGUGGUUUUAACAAAAUUAAAUUAUAUUUUAAGAACUUCACAUUUGCCUGUUUUGUUUCGAACCACAAUUUUAUUCUAAGUUUACGUAAAUAAAAGUAUUAUUUAAAUAAAGAAAACUAUGUUUAAGCCUGAAUUUUUUUUUUUUUUGGGUACUUGAAAGAGUUAUUUGGACAAGAAAACUCAAUACACGUAUAGUUUUUAAUCCUCAUUUAUUAAAAUAAUAUAAGGCCAGUUGUUGUGCAUAUUAUUCUUAAAAAUCAUCUUUAUAAAGGUGUUCUAUAUUUAGCCAUCAUCUCCUCAUCUUAUUUUCACAGAAUCUGGAAGAUUCACAUGUGGGUGACCUUGGCCUUGGUUUAACCAAUCAAAUGAACACCAUUCCGAUGAGGGUCAAUCUCCCUGGGCCAAAAGGUGACAGGGUGUGAGAUGCCACCUGCCGGUUAUGUGAAGGUGCCCCAAGUACCUGGACUGUAAAUUUAUGCUUUUUUUUUUUUUUAAAUGAGAUUUUGUGAGGAAAGAUUCAAUGUUGGAUGUUCUGAGAAAACAAAACUUAAGAUAAAGAACACAUUUUUCAUACAGGGUGUGUUCAGAGUUAAUUUUGACUUACAACUUUCUAAAUCCAACUUGCGGACAUAUUAUUUUAAUUAGCUAUUUUUUUUAGUCAUAUCAUUAAAUGUGUUUAGUGUGCGCCUUAAAAUAUUCACAUUUCUUCAAAUGUGGACUUCGGCUAGAUGUAGUGUUUUGACCUUAGACUGGAUGUAUUGGAGCAGAAAGGAGCUAACUUUAUUGUCAGUGUCAAGUGUAGUUAACCCUCAUGUGAUUAGUGUCCUUGACCAUGUUCCACAUUCCGCCUUGUUGACCGUGAGGAGAUUUUGUGAAUGUAUUUGUGUGUGCGCGCGUGUGUGGCCUUUAGCUUUAUUUCACAACAAUGAUUCCUCCCUGUAUCCUCUUUCAUGUUCUAACCAUGAGAGUGAAUGAGAAUCGUCUUGCAUUAGAUGUACGCUGUCAAAAUUUCAUUUUCACUCAAAUAGAGUUGGUAGUUUUUUAAAAUUCUUGUCCUAAAUGAAUGAUCCCUAUCAUCUCUUUCAGUGCAAUGCAUGUCAUAUGUUAUGUUUAAGUGAAGUCCCUUCUCCAAUGUUGUGUGCUAGUUUAAGGCGCUGCUUCACUAAUAAGUGAGUUUGUCUUUUUUUUUUUUUUACUAUGAUAUUUCACCCAAAUUAUAUUUAUAAUUUGAUAGUCUGU